UUGAUGCAACGUUGUUUUGGUUUUCAUUUGAGGCUGCUCAAGUGACUUCUUUCCAGCACUUCCUACUUUUCUGCUUUCUCAGCUGUUGUCACGAUGGAUGAAGGUAUUCCUGAUCCUCCUUUGACUUCCUAUGACCGAUAUCGUGCUUCCAGACAACGGAUGCCAUACUAUAGAUAUUACUCUAAGCCACUCGGUCCUCCUCUAUCUCCCUUUGUCAAGAAAAGGCUACCCAAAUAUGGAUCCCAAUACAUCCCAUUCUAUGGGCCACGGUAUUUUUCAUCCAGGACCCUUCCACUGUACGAGAAAGGCCUUUUUUCAUCCAAGACCCUUCCGUUGUAUCAGAGAGGCCAUUAUAUUCCACCGUAUCGUCCAUCUGGAGGGGCUGGUUACCAACCACGGGGUCUAAACCCCCACACAGACUCACAUGCAACUAAACUCCCACAAAGAAAUCUUGCCAGAAACCCAACACAGCCACACGUAGACAUGUAUCAGCGGCAUUUGCUCCAAAGUCCAUAUAACGGUGUGAUCAAAGACCGCCGUGGAACCAUCACAAAGGGUUCCGUUCCUGAUGCACCUCGAGCUCCAUUGCCUCGCGUGACCAAAGGUCCAGUGUUAUAUUCUCCCAAAGAUUUGGAGCCACACUUGCCCAAAGCCCCUCUACCUCGUAUGACCAAAGGCCCAGUACUGUAUUCCCCCAGGGACUUGGAACCCCAUCUCCCCAAAGGACCGCCACCCUAUAUACCCAAAAGCCCAUCAAAGCAUUCAGCCAAGAGAAUACCACCACUUGUGCCCACCGACUCACAACUCAAUGUCAACAAGGCCCCGCAACAUCACACAUCAAAGGGCAUGCUGUCACGUGCCACCAAAGGCUCACGUACGAUUGCGAGCAAAGUCCCGCGAUUCAGCCUACUGAACUUUUCCCGAUCUUUACGGAAGAAAGCUUCUCGGCGCAACCGUGUGAAAACCUCCCAAACCAGUUUGGUGAAGGGCUCUCAACCCUCUCUAACCAGGGACUCUCGGGGUUCCUUAGCAAAGAGUUCUCAACCCAACCUGGUCCAUACCUCCACGUGCCCAGAUCUCAAAAAACUUUCCAGUAAUGUGAAGGUCUCCAGGACAGGGAAGAAAUAUUGCUCAGCAGCUAAGUGGCCUUUCUGAAGAAGAGUGGUAGAAAUGGAAAACCGCGAUCUUCCCUCAGUUGAGAAGCCGGAGGAGUAGCCCUGGAUCAUUUUGACGCAGUCUGCAAAACCUGAAAUACUUCUUACAUUUUAUUGCGUCUAUGAAACCUGGUUGCCGUUUUCAUCUUUGCAGAUGUGAAAGUCUGAUCAUGGAUUGUGAUGUGAGUUAUACUGCAACUCACGUUUAGGGAUGCAGUCCUUUAUUAGUUUUAGAAAGCAAGCGUUUUUUAACAUUGUGAAUCAUUACUGUGAAAUAUAGACUAUAUUAUAUAUAUAUAACAUUUUGGAAGAUUUCACAAUUCAGGACUUGUUCCGCAGAAUAUUCGCACAUGGAUUUUUCCUCACCAAAAACAUCAUUUUCUGGAAAGAAAACAGUGUUUUAGGUCCCGAAACGAAUAUGUCUGCGUAGGAAAAACGAGAUCCUUUCCCCUAUGCAGAACAUGCUGUUGCUAUAACUUAUUCUGCAUGAAAUUGGUGCAUAGUAUUUUUGCACAGAAUUUUCUGCACUGGGAACAGCAUUGUUCUGCAUAGAAAAACAAGGAAGAUGUGGAUUUUUCGCAGAACAAUUUAUUUUCUGUAUUGUCAAAGGCUUUCAUGGCCGGAAUCACUGGGUUGUUAUAGGUUUUUUCGGGCUAUAUUGCCA